CUGGCGCUCCGCGGAGCCGCUGCUAAGAUGGUGUCGGUGACUCUCGCUACGUCAGAGUGGAUCCAGUUUUUCAAAGAUGCUGGAAUUCCACCUGGACCAGCCGUCAACUAUGCUGUUAGCUUUGUGGACAACAGGAUACAGAAGAAUAUGCUCAUGGACCUCACCAAAGAUAUCAUGAAUGAACUGGGUAUCUCUGUUGUUGGAGAUAUUAUUGCUAUUCUCAAACAUGCCAAAGUGGUGUACAAACAGGAACUUGCUAAGUUGGCCACAGAGUCUAUAAGCACUAGUCAUGGAAAUGUGCAAAUUGAUUUAAAAAGAACAGCCAACUCCCCUGCCUCUAGAAUGAUUGCUAACAGUUUGAGCAGAGAGUCCCCACCUUCUACCCCUGUCCGGAGACCUGAAACAAGCACUUCCAAGAUAUCCGUCACUGUGGCCAACAAACUCGCCACAAAGAAAGCAGUUCUCUCUAGACCAGCCGAUCCAGGUCCCGAAACCUCUGCAAAGCGACGUCGUGUGACUGCAGAAAUGGAAGGUAAAUACAUAAUCAAUAUGCCAAAAGGAACAACUGCAAAAACUAAGAAAAUCCUGGAACAGCAAGCCUCGAAAGGUUUGCCAAGAUUGUCUGUUUUUGACAGACUUGGUGCAGAGGCAAAAGCAGACACCACAACUGGGAGCAAGCCAACAGGAGUCUUCAGCCGUCUGGGUGAAGUUGUCAAUCAAAAGAAAGAGAGCAGUGAUGAGGAUGAUGCCGGGUCUGUGCUUCAGUAUGCUGGAGUCUUGAAGAGAGCCCCGGCUGCAACUGCAAAGGAGAGUACAAAGCUCACACUCACAACCACGGAGAAAAUCUUGGCUGCCAAAGCCAAGAAUACAGUUACCACAAUAAGGCGGUUGUCUCUCCCUAAAGCCAGCAGCAGGACGGUCCCAAGCAGUGAGCCCACAGCAGCAGCAUCCACACUCAGAUUGCAGUCAGCAGCUAAAUCUAAGGUCAGUGUCAGACAGAGACUGGGGAGGCCCAGUGCCACAGAGGCAGACACACAGGACAACAAAGUCACCAGCACCAAAAGUCGAGGCAGCCCCGAGUUCACUGUCACCAUCAAGAACACUGCACGGACUGCAGUUAGUACCAAAGUGACCAGCAGCACUGAAGGUCGCCUUGCUCAGAUGGACUCCACAGGAACUGUCAGUGUAUUUGAAAGGCUGGGGAAGAAGCUGAAAUAGUGAGAUCUCACCAAGGCGCGCACAUUAUUUUAUUUUUGUAUGUAUAAAAGGUGCCUCUUUUAGUCACGGAUAAACACCACUUCUGACAAUGACUGAAACACUGUGGUUUGAGUGAUUCCCGAAUACCUCUUUACAGCCAAACAACACGGGAUUAAGUGAUAACGUAACACAAGAGUCUGAUUGAGACAGCACAGAAUUUAAACUGGUUCAACAAUAUUGUGGUGGUACUUUAGGAAUACCACCUUUUUUGUUGUUGCGGCGAUGGGUAGGAGAGAGUUGAAGCUGGCCUCUUUAAGAGUCUGCUAGAUUUGAUACACAUAUUAUAAUCCCAGGUUACUGCUUCACAUUGACGUAAGCUUACUGUCAUACCAAGUCAUUGCCACUGUGUGAUAGUUUAGUGAAGUAUAUCUGAUCACAGUCACAAAGUCAAUGAGCUCUUGGAGCAUCUUAGAUCUAAUUGCUUUGCUUAUGUUGGAGUUUUUUUUUGUCCUCAAUGGGUCUUUGUUGUGGUGGGAUAUCUCAGCACUGAAGAACUGAUGAAUGCAAAACUUUUCAAAAAAACAGUUGCUUUCACAAAAGUAUUUUAUGCAUUUCGAGUGUUUUAUAUCUACCCUGUGUAUGUGUGGACAGUUCCUUCCCAGCAGUUUGUUUUCCACAAUUCCUAGAAUAUAUAAAGUGAUUUUAAUUCUGUUCCUAAUGCCAUAAUUUGAGUUGGUGUGGUGGUUUUGACCUGAUAAUUGGUUUAGCCAGUAAACCUGGCUAAAAGAAGUAAGUUUUUUUAAAAAAGUUUCUUGCUUUAGAUCCAAUGAAAUGGCCAGUAUCCACCAUUAUUGCAAAUGUACGUUUAAGCAAAUUAAACAAUAUUAAAAAUAAUUUGGCAAACAGGAUACAAUAAUAUAUUUGAACUAGCUGUGGCAGUAGUAAUAAGCUGUCAACAAUUGUACUUUGGCUAUUUUGAGCCAGUCCAAUUGCAGAGCAUUACAAUUCAGAUCUGUACUGCCUGUGAUGCAGUUUAGGUACAAUGUGUACAUUGUGUCGAUGUCACCUUUCUUUGAGUUCUACUGUUUUCUUGAGUUUGGUUAUUAAUUGCUGAAAUGCCAAAGCUCUGGCUUUUUGGAAUGUUUCUGACUUUGGAGGAAAUAACUGUUCCAAUAACCAUUAUGGCUUUUCAAUAGAAAGGAUGCACGUGGAUAUCACUAUUAGCUUGGCUAUGUGCAUUGGAAUCAUUUUCUUAGAAUGAGUUGUGUAAUUCCCUCGUUUUGGUCCCUGGUUCACUCCCAACUUAGCUUUUGCUGUUCAAAAAUAUCUUCUUAAAAUCCAGAUUGUGAACCAUUUGUGUAGUUUUUUUUUCUGUUUGUCUGAGGCUGACUUGAUACCACUGUUCUGUUGUGCAGGGAUCCAUACGAUUUUGUUGUCAGUAUGGCCAUUUCAUUUUUAACUUCAUCCAGAAGCAACCUUGGAAAAGCAGAGAUUCAGAAUUUAAGAAUAACCCCAUUAAUCCAGGGAUUUCACCUCAAUGUACACCUUGUGCAAAUACAAUAUUGUAAGACCAUAAGAUAUAGGAGCAGAAUUAGGCCAUUGAAUCUGCUGUACUUUUCGAUCAUCUCAACCCCAGUCUCAUGCCUCCUUCUCCUUACUAAUCAAGGACUUAUCUAUUUCUGUCUUAAAUACACUCAAUGACUUGGCCUCCACAGCGCUCUGCAGCAAUGUGUACCUCUGGCUGAAGAAAUUCCUCCUCAUCUCAUGUCUAAAGGGUCAUCCUUUCACUCUGAGGCUAUGCCUUUAGGUCUGAGUCUCUCCUACGAGUGCAAACAUCUUAUUGUCCACUCUAUCCAGGGCUCUCAGUAUACUGCAAGCUUCAGUUAGAUCCCCUCAUCCUUCUACACUCCAUUAAGUAAAGAUCCAGAGAUUUAUAGCAUAUCCCUUUCUUCAUCAAAUAGCUAAUUGCUAACUGAUGCUGUUACUUGUUUGUUGUCACAUUGACCAUGACUUGUGUUCUUGACAAGUUGUCAUUUCCCCACCUAAAAUUUUCUGAAUGCAAGCGCCUUAAUUUACUUCCAUCCAAACGAGUACACGAUUACCAUUAGCCAAUUUCACCUAGUUUUAUAUCCAUGCAUACACAAAGCAGGAAGUCUGAUGAUGUAACAAAGUUGCCCUGCUGGCUCAUCACCUUCUACAACUUGCUGAUUCGUAAUCGUCAUUUUGGAAGCCAAAGCUGAAACUUUUCUUUGGUCCUUCAGUUUUAUCGGGUCUCUUCUAGAAGCCAUUCGACAGCACUUUAUUUGUACAGCGCUUCUCAUAAAGCAAGUCCCAUCGUGCUCCACAGGAAUGUUAUCAGAAGUACAUUGACACGGAGUUGCAUUCGUUAUUCAGGUACCUAACCAAAAGCUUUAUUGAACAAUUAGGUUUUAAGGAAGAGGAAGGUAGACAGGUUUAAGGGAAGAAUUCCUGAACCUAAAGGUCUAGACCGCUGAAGAAACAGCUGCUACUGACGGUUAAUGUGCACUUGCAUAUUCCUGUACACUUGGAGCACUCAACUGCAUGCAGUUUUCGUGAAUCUUUGUUUCAAGUACUUAUUUUGUUUUGUUUUAUUUGAAAUGUGCAAACAAUGCAAGUUGGCAAACUCUUGGAGCAAUUAAAGAGAAGCUAUUGAAC